UUAUCUGCCUGAUCGUAAUUUGGUAUAUAGUGCCAGUAAAAAAAUCAUGUUAUCAUAAUUCACUUGUACUCGGCUUUCUUUUUAUCAUCGCUGUAAUACUGUUUGUACCAGUAAACAAAAUAAUGUUUUACAAAUCAUUUCCAGAAUAUGAAUUUCUAUCUUCAACAAAUGGUCAGUUUAAAUGCAGAUCAGCUGACCACCAGGCAGUGUCAAUGGAUCCAAUGCCGGAAGUUACUAUUUGUGGUUCAGCACAAAAUAUGUAUAAAUACAAAGGCGUUUAUGCGAACAAAACAUUCAAUAUUCCGGAGAAAAAUCUUAACUUUGAUGUUAAAGUUGAAUUGAGAAAGAAAUAUAAGGAUAAAAACAAAUAUCCUAAAAAUAAAAUAUUAUUUGAAAUAGGGUUGACGCAGAGCUCCAUAAGCUCAAAUUAUAUGGAAAACUCGUAUAAUGGAAAGAUAUGGUCGAUUACAGCGUAUGUCUGUGUAAACGAACAUGGUAUUUGUUUCGAUGAAAGGAAUGAUUUCCCGCCAAAUCUUAUCAAUUAUAAAUACAGUGUUGAUGGAAGGUUGAUCAAUACAAAUGUUAACUUCUCUGUGGAGAGCUCUCAAAUCAGAGCAUUUCAUCAACCUCAGACAGAAUAUAGUGUUACUCCAGUGUUUGCAUUGUAUGAAUCAGAUAGUGUCGUUAGUUCAAUGACUAUAAAUUCCGUAAUAGACUUUCUCGGUUUUAAUGGCUCAACGCUCCAUCGCCAUCUUGAAUUAUCACCUGACAAUAAGACCGUGUCAAACACACCUAUAGAAGUAUUUGCGGAUGUAAAGAAGACGAAAUCGCCGUAUGGUGUUCUAAAGUAUACGGAAAAUACAAAAUAUUUGCACCACAUUAUUGAUUUAGAUAUAGUUUACCCACAACAUUUUCAAAUUGCAGAAGAAAAUUUACUGUUUGAGUUAAAAAUAGGACAAAUUGACACAAAGUACAGAGUUGUAGGCCACUUCACUGCUGAAGUUUGUCCGAUUGAUCAGGGAAUACAAUCUGUCUUAUCACGUUUUUGUUUUUACACUGAUGACACUAAGUUACAACCUAGCGUGGUAAAUGGUAGCCAUCUCACACUCGACCUCCGCUAUAAUUUUGAAAUGAAUAUGGUAACGGUAAAAAUAAUGGCCGACGAAAUUGAAGGGCAAGCCACUUUCAUUUUUUCGCCUGAGAAACAACUCCAUGGCAACGAUGUGAUUGGCCAGUUUAUCUUCCUUGAUAUCGUUUCGUUAGGUAAUAUACAAGUUUCAUGUAGAAACGCAAACAGUUAUAGAUUACUUUCACCUCUAUUUCGAUCAGUCUGGAAAUACUUAUAUUUAACCACUGAAAAAUAUACUUCAUGGCUAAUUGAACUUUUGUAUAUAAUUAUAUUUCCAGAGGCCGGUUGUUGCAAAGAUUUUGAUUGGGAUACUUUUUUUGAUUAAGGAGUUUCGCUACCCAGUUUCAAAAUAAUAAGUUUUUCGUAACACUAGUAUAAAUUGAUAGGGGAUUUUUAAAGAUACCAAAACUGCCCUAAAAAAUAUAGGUCAAUGUGAUUGUUUUCGAGAUAUUAGCCAUUGAAAUUUGACGGGUAAAUGUUCUCUCUUGAUUUUUCAUUGCUUUAUCAUUGACAAUUUAAUUAAGUGGUCAAAAACUAUUAAAGAAUAACAAGGAUUUUAUAAGACUUUUACAGAUGGCUUAACAUUAUACAUGUAAAAGGUUCAUAAAAAGAAAAAGGGUGUCAAUUGGCAAUUUUUUUGAAAGCAUUCAAAUGGAUAAAACCAGAGAUUUUCAAAAAUCUGACAAAAAUUCCAAAAACAUGACAAGCGAACAUCCUUAAUUAUUAAAGCAUUAUAUUUCUAUUUUACCCGUUUUCUAUUGGUCAGAGUUUGGCCAUGGGAUCACCACAAUAAGUUUGAAAAAGUAAAAAAAAAAAACAAUACAGUAAGAUAAACUUAAGUCGUUGACAAAUAUUUAUUGAUUUAUUUGACUUGACUGUGCGGGGUUAUACCGAUUAGCUUAUUUGAUACCAGUCCAUUUUUAGACAGGUGCUUCGGGAUGAACUCAUCAAUGAAGUGUCCGGUUAUUCGUCCCUAAUAAUAGAUCAUCAUACGCUCAGUUCAUUUGUAUAUCAGUUUUUUAUGGCACUGUUCGGUGAUUAGAAAUCACUUAUAAUUAUAACGGUCAACAUCCUUAUCACACACAUCUUCAAAUAGAAUAUGUCCUUUUGCAAUAAAAAACGUAGGCUCCGCUCGAUCAGUUGUAUAACAUUGGUUGACUUUUGGCUACUCCCUUUCUUCUGUUAAACUCAUACUUCAUGUGGACGGAUGAGUGGCUGUUUAAAGUUCAGUGGCAAUUUAAUUAAUAAAUGCAUGUUCAGAGCUAGAAUUAAUGCCGUAUAGUUGUCUAUAAUAAAUUAUGCUUACAUCCAUGUCUGGUUAACUGGUUAACGAAAUUAUGGUAAAUUUUAAGUUACUGAAUAGCUACCAAAAGAUGUGAUAAAAAUAAUUGAUAAAAAUCAGUCGACCUAAACAUGUUGUUUACCUGAAUCUGAACCCUACAGUAACAAUAGUUUAAGGGGGUAGACCUUGGUCCAGGGAGAUAACUCUUUAAUUCAGUGAUGCGUUUGUAAUAGUCAAGUUUUAUUAAUGUAUUUUAAGCAUCUACCUGAAACAGACUGAAAAUAAUCUAUGUAUCCUAGAAGCUUAGAACCUAUUUAUGAAAAUGGCUGACACAAACGUACUGAUGAUUUUAAGAGUUAUUUCCCCUAACCUAGGUCUACCACCUUAAACCAUAAUCUUAUAAUGAACAGUUAACAUUGUGAAUCUAUAAAAUCUAAUAGUUUGAGACCAAGCCAAGGAAGUUAAAUCUUGGAGUAGAUCUUUCAAAAUUGGAAAUUCGAAACAGAGAUUUUGAUUUAACAGUUUUGUGUGUGUGUGUAUUCAUCUUAAAAAUGUGUUAAAAAUUCCCCUGUAUUUGGUCCUUGUAUAUUAUUUUGUUUUACUUUUGAUGCUCAGUCUAUUUUUUUUAUUAUGUACAGCUGAUGACGUGGCUGGGUAUUUAUACAUCCCGAUAUUGUGUUAUUGUGCAAUGAUCCAUUUUGAGUUCUUGUCUUUCAAUUUUUCUUAUGUGCUUAAUUUAUCAGACAUUUUGUGUUACUUUUUUGAAACAGUUAUUUGUUUGUAUAGUGAUUUAGAUUAUAUUACAAUGUUGUCAAAAUAAUAGACUUUGAUCCGAAUGUCAUACAAGUGAGAGGUUUUGCUAGCUAUAAAACCAGGUUUUUAUUUUUAUUUUGUUUUUGUAGUUUUUUUUUUAUAACUUCUCUGUUGUUUUUUGUUGUUUUUUGUAAUUUUACUUUUUGAUAAUUACUAUACAAUACGUUUUAUUGAUGGUUGUAUUAUAUUAAUUCAUCCACCGAUUACGGUUUGCAUUAUAGACCAUUACGUCAGCAACAAAUUAACAACCAAAUAACAACCUUGAGCUUAUUACUGAUAAUAAGAAUAUGACAGUUGUUUUCCAUUUGUUAGAAGUGUUUGAGCUUUUUAUUUUAAUUUUGUUUUUGUACUUUUUUAUAACUCUUCUGUUGUAUUUUUGUUAUUUUACUUUUUGAUAAUCCAUUGAUAUUUUACAAUAAAAUAUG